AUGUCUCUCAGGCGCACGCCCCCCAAGACCUCCGCCUCCGCAACGCAACGGGCCCGCUCCGCGUUGCAGCCCCCCGUCGGCCCCGCUACCGCUACGAUGAAUUCCCCGGUGUUCAGUCAAACAAGCGGCGAAUCCGACGCCGUUGCGGCCCAUAGUACAGAUCAAUUUCGUGACUCACCAUCGCAACUUACACGUACGGCUCUGUCACUUAAUGAUUUAGCGUGCGACGAUAUUGUAACGAAACGCGUUAAGCGUAAAUUUGACUUAGAGGGCGGCAGCCAAGAAUUUUCUCAGUCCACUACAUCUUUUAUAGAAGAUUUAUUUUCGUCCUUCUCUACUAAAAUUGAAAAGCGCUUUGCAGCACUGCAUGUUUCAAUAAAUCAAAUCGCCGAUCAAAACUGUGACACGCAAAAAAGUCUGAGUUUUAUGAGUGAAAAGUAUGACCACUUAUUUGAAAAAUUAAAAACGAUGGAGGAAGAACGUUUAAACGACAAAAAAACAAUUCAGACUUUGGAGGACAAAAUUGAGCUUUUGGAAAAGAGAUCACGAGCUACAGCUGUAGAAAUACGAAACACGCCAAGAAUUUAUCAGCAGAAUAAUAGACCAGAGUCCAAAACUGAUUUAUGCGAUAUUGUCAAGAUCUUGGCGAAGGCAGUGAACUGCAGUCUUCAAGAAUCAGAUAUAAGGGAUGUUUAUCGCAUACCCUCCAAACAUGAAACGUCUCGUCCUAUUAUUUUGGACUUAAACAGCGUCAUAAAAAAAGAAGCCCUAUUAAAUGCUAUAAAAGAAUUUAAUCGUAAUAAGGGAAAAGGAGAAAAGCUUAAUACAAGUCACCUAAAUUUACCGGGUACUAGUAAGCCAAUAUAUGUUUCUGAGGCAUUAACACACAAAACGCAGAAAUUAUUUUUUGUUGCCCGCGAAUUUGCCAAGGAAUAUAAUUUCACGUACUGUUGGACCUCGAGGGGCGUUAUCUAUCUGCGUAAGGACGAGAAACAACCUUAUGUACGGGUGGACCAUGAGAAGGAACUUCAGAGUCUCAAAAACUCAAUAUCUAAGUAA